AUGGAAGCUUUCAUGGUCUUAGGUUUUGAAGGAAUUAUCAGAGAGGCCCUCAAGAUCUUCUUCAAAAAUAAAAUACUCAUGGCUUGCCUCACUUUGCUAAUCCUCUCAUUCAACUCAGUCUUUUUCUUGUACAAUUGCCACUCCAUCAAACCAUUCGAGUCCGACUUAUUUUUGAAGCUAGGUCUCUUACCUUACACAAAGCCCAAAACUUCUGAAUAUUUCUCCCUUCUCACGGCUCUUAAAGAAGAUAUUCGCGCCUACGUCGUCCUCGAAUGGAUAUUUAUUCUCAUCAGUAUUGUCCCCUCUUUGUUUUUAUCAACUGCCACAGUCAUUGCACCAGCCUUUAUUCAUGGAAGAAAUUUUUUAUCCUUUAGAGAAAUGUUGUGGUCAACAUUAUCAUCACUCAAAAGGCCUUCCUUUACUUACUUUUAUGAAACCCUUUUGAGUUUCGGUUACAUUUUUCUGGUGUUGGCAAAUCUUGUUCCCUUUCUUCUUCUUGUUCGAGAUCCAAUAGCCUUAACAGUUUUAGUCCUUAUGAUUGUAAUUCUAGCUUCAGUUGUGUAUAUUUACUUGGAAGUAACUUGGAGUUUAGGGUUUAUUGUUUCAGUUUUGGAAGAGAAAAGUGGAAGUGAGGCGAUCGGAAAGGCGGCGAAGAUCGUUAAGGGAAGGCGGCUGCAUGGUUUUCUUUUGAAUCUUGUGUUUAGAAUUUUAAGUUUGGUAAUUUACGUUGGUGCUAUGUUGGUGAACCAAAUAAAAGCAGGUACUGUAAACCCAGUGAUUAUUGGGUUGUUUGUGACGAUUGUUGUGUCUCUGGUGGACAUGUUAAGGUUGAUGGCGUACACGAUUUUGUACUACCAGUGCAAGAAGAACCAUGGAGAAGAGGUUGAGUUGCCGUGGAGAAAAGGGUAUAGCAAAGUGGGUUCAUCACUUCCACUUGUUAAUAUCGAAAAUAAUGGACCAUGA